AUGUCUUCUCGCUCGGGCACGCUUUCGGACGAGCGCGGGGACGACCUCGAGAGCCUCGACGGCAGCAGCAUUGGCGACCACCACCACCACCACCACGCUGCCUCGUCUCCGCGCCAUGUGAACCCACCUCACCACCACCACCACCACCACGACGACGACGCUGCCUCCGCCGCCACCGCCACUGCCGCCGCCAGUACCGCCAUCAGUGGAUCGGGCACGUCGAGCGCCAUUGCGUCGCUCACGUCGCAGUCGACCCUGGACACGCUGUCCACGAGACUGGACCUGUCGCCGUCUGACCGCGACGCUCACAAGGGCCUCUUGCGCGACACCUUCUUCGACCACUUUAGAGACGAUUCGGUCCCCUCGGUCACCUCGCCCUCCGAUCUCGAGACGCCUGAAGAGAUGCAAAAGAACGACCCACUGGGCACGCAGAUAUGGAAGCUGUACCACAAAACCAAGGGCCAGCUCCCGAACUCGGAACGUCUCGAGAACCUCUCGUGGCGCAUGAUGUCGAUGAAUCUGCGGCGCAAACAACUCGAGAGGCAAGGCCUCAUGCCUCGACCGCUCCCUGUCUCGCAGAAUGCUCCCAGCGGCAUUGCUCAACUGCGCAAGUCGUCCGAGCAAAAUGCCCAACACGCGCAUCAAGUGCUGGGCGACGAUCACAUGAAUCUGGAUGAUUUUUUGGAGCCAACGUCCAUUGGCAGUCCGGCCGGCGUCUCGCCAUCGCCUACGCCAUCUGGCAGCAUGCCCGACGGAGAUCCCUCGUCUACCGUCGCCGUCUCUGCGAUUCCUAUCAAGCAGCAGCAGCGACUACAGGCCGACGAACUGUCUGCUGCGCGUGCAUCAGCUCCUUCUGUUCCUCCACUCGAGCAGAACCGAACGAGCAAGGAGUUUGCGUAUGUGCAGAGGCACGUGCGGAAAACGAGCAUCGACGAGCGACGGGUAUGCGCGCCCCCUCCCAAGCGGCGCGCUGAAGCCUCGCCCCAAGUCCCCCCAGUGCAGAACAGCGCCAUUGCAGCACAGAACCCCGCCGAGGAAGCGGCUCUGCACGACUAUUGUCUGGACACCCCUGUCACUACGCAGUCCAGCACGCAGCAUCCACUGCUCCCGUUCAAUCUGGACACCUUUAAUUUGGACAGCGACCCAAUUCUCAACUCUGCUGGACCUUUGCAGCAGAAUUUCUCCUUCUCCCCUGUGGGCUCCCCUUUGAUGAGCACAGGUGGGUUCACGCACAUGUAUGGCACCAAUAUGCCCCCUCCGCACAGUGUCUCUAGUUUCCAGUCUCCAUCGGCCUCCGCAUAUCCAUCAACCGUCUCCACGCCGCAGCCUAUACCGGAAGGCGAACAAAUGUUCUUCGCCAACCAGCUUCACUCUAGUUCGGUGUCGAACUUCCAACAAAACCAGGCUCAGAACCAGCACCAUCAACAGAUUCCCACGAGGCAGAUGCAACAUCAGUCACAGCAGCAGUUUGUGUUUAAUCCUCACAGUGACUCCAUGUUCAGUGCAAUCUCAGCCAGUGCGCCAUCCCACGGCUUUCACGCACCAUCGUUCCACGUACCCGGUCAUCUGGAUCCCUCGCGUAUCAUGCCUCAAGAUUAUCCAAAUUCGAACCUCAACAUGUCACGUCAUGAGCAGCAGCACAUGUUCACAUUCGGAGGCGACUCGGAAAAUGAAGAUGAAGACGUUUCGUACCCGGACACCAACAUGUUGAUGACUCAGGAACUAUCACCUGAAGAUUCAGCGCUUGACAUGCAUGGCAACUACCAGUGGGAUCAAUCGAUGUCUUCGCAAUUCAAUCAAUCCGAAGGGCGAUUCACGAAUAUAGGCAGGAAGGGAGUGCAAAUAGGUGGCACUGAGCUAAUACCGUCCCCUCAGAGCUGGGACCAGGGUAGCUUGAGCAGAGGACAUGGAUCUGCAGCUUCUGUAAGCGAUAUCAGAAAUCGAGGUGGCGAUCCCCGGACUCGAAAGAUCCCCCGUACGACUUCCACCCCGAACACCGUCGGCAUGGCCACUGGGAUGUUCUCCAUCCGAACGCAAACGUCUCCGGAAUCGCCACCAGAGUCGGGCUUCACCUCUGCAGCUCCCUCACGGCCGGGCAGUCCUCGGCCCGGAGGUGAUAACAAUGGAGUCCCCACGACAUGUACCAAUUGCUUCACGCAAACGACACCUCUGUGGCGGCGAAACCCGGAAGGUCAUCCCUUGUGCAAUGCUUGCGGUCUUUUUCUGAAGCUCCAUGGCGUUGUGCGGCCGCUGAGCUUGAAAACAGACGUCAUUAAGAAGCGCAACCGUGGAAGCGGCAACUCGGUGCCUGUCGGCUCUGGGCGAUCCAAGAAAGCAAUCAGUCGUAAGAACUCGAUUGUUCAGGCUGGCACACCUGGACCAGGCAAGAUUGUUGCCAACGAAUCCGACUCCCCAAAGUCUGGCGGUGGGUCCUCGGCGAACACGCCCACCAGCUCAGGCCCAGCCGACAAGCCUGUAAAAAUGGUGGUCCCGAUUGCCCCUGGCCCACCAAAGCCUGCCACACAGCCGCCCAUGACCGCACCGACACGUCUUGUAGCGCCGCGGCGCGUUCGGAAAGCAAGCAGAGCGAGCAACUCGCUCCCACAGAACGACGCCGAGAUGCACGACGCAGAGGAUAUGAGCGGCAUGGGUCAGAGCGGACAACGCGAAGCGACCAAGGCUGCUUCACUCACGCCGGCUUCCAUGCCUGCGAAAGCGACCGCUCCACUAAUUCAUGCUUCGAUGUUUCCUCAGGGCGGUGGCCAAGCCGCAUCGCAAAUAUCUCCGGAACAAAAUAAUGGACCAUCGACCGGAAUUCCGGCCUCCAUGCUCACUGGCCCACAAGAGUGGGAGUGGUUGACCAUGAGCCUGUGA